CCAAUGACUCCAGCUGUGUGGAAGACAUAUUACGGGAGAUGACCCAUUCCUGGCCUCCUCCUCUUACUGCUGUUCACACUCCUGGCAAGGCUGAGCAGACCAAGUUUUCUAUCCCAAGCAAGGUACAAGACUCCCAACAUCUGACCUCAGGAUACAAUGUACAAAAGUGGAGUGAUCCAGCAGGGAAAGUUGCAACUAAGUCAGUGCCACAAAAGUCAAUGCUUGAGGAUGAUCUGAAACUCAGCAGUGAUGAAGAUGACAAUGAACAGGCUGCCGAAAAGACAAAAUUGAGAAAUAUUCCUGUAAACAGCCUGCCCGUGCCAGCAGCGCACGCAACUGGCUUGGCCCAUUCCAGUGGCGGCUCCGGGAGCUCCAGUGAGUCCGAGAGCAGCUCUGAGUCUGACUCCGACAGCGAGAGCAGCUCCAGUGACAGUGAGUGCAACGAGGAGUCACGCAGUGCCACGCCAGAGCCUGAACCCCCCUCAACAAACAAAUGGCAGCUGGAUAAAUGGCUAAAUAAAGUGAACCCCCACAACAAGACCAUCAUCAACAAUCAAAAUGAGCCUCACAGUGAGACCAGCUCCCAGACCCAGAGCAACCAGCAGGCCGAAGGGCCUAACAAAGGGAAACUCAACAGCAGCCUGCCCCCAACCGAUUCCAAAGACCGGGCGAUCCUUAGUCCCAUCCGAGAGAAAGCCAAACCACGGGUUGCCCAGAAAACCCCAGAGGCAAAAAGCUCCAAGCAGAAGUCACCAGCUCAUAAUGAGCCAACUUCACAAAGGACUACUGGGAAAAAGCAACCCAAAAAGGUAGAAAGGACUUCCAGUGUAGAAGAGUAUAACUGGCCCAAACCAAAUAAUAUCAGCAACACUCCCAAAGAAAAAGACACACAGGAACCCCCCGAGCAGCCAAAGGUUCGAACUAAAGCAGCAGUUGGAAAGACUGCUCCAAGGAAAGAACCACGAACUAGCACAGGUCUCACUUCAGAGAAGAAGAAGUACAGAGGCCCCAGCAAAAUUGUCCCCAAAUCCCGGGAAUUCAUUGAAACGGAUUCAUCUACUUCUGACUCAAACACAGACCAGGAGGAGAGCUUGCAGGCUAAGGUAUUGCCAGCUUGCCCUGGCUCUGCCAGCGGUGUCAAAGCAAAGGACUCUGGCAGUAACAUCCUCAGCGUAAGUAGUUUAACUAGCAAUGGCAGCAACACAUCUAUUGACCAGACUAGCAAUGACCUGGAGGAGCAGCUCUUUUCUCCUAUUCCAAUCGUACAAAACGAACUUCUGUCCCCUCUGAGAGAAUAUGAAGAACUCAAAUCUCUGUGGGUGAAAAUAGACCUUAGUUUACUCUCUAGGAUACCUGGACAAGAGCCUUUUGAGACCACAUCUGUGAAAAGUGAACCAAGAGAGGCAAAUGUGAAACACAGGCGACCAUCUCGUGAGUCCCCUACCCCAGCACCUGAAAAGCCGCCCACAAAAUCCAAAAGGAAACACAAGCAGACAGAAAGCCUGGAUACCUUUGUUGAAAGCAAGAAACAGCGUCUGGAGGACUCUUCAGCUUCAUGCCUGCUCCCACCUUGUAUCUCUCCAAUACCAAAUCAUAGAUUAACCAGCACUAAAGAGAGCAGCGGUAACUCAGUGAAAAAGGUGGCAAAGAAAAGAGAAGAGAAGCUGUUCCCUCCUCCGUUAUCCCCACUCUUGGACGAGCCUGUGCACCGGCGGCACAGCAGUGACAACAGCUCCUUCAGCCAGGAGACAAACAUCACAAACACCUCUCAGACCAGCAGCUCUUCCUCCUCUGUUUCUAAACACAGAAAGAAUGAAAAUAAAUCUUCUAACCCCAAAGGAAUCUGUGAGGAAGAAUCUCACAAUGCACCAACAGCCAACCCUCUUCUUGACACUAGCCAUCUAGAAACAGACAUUUGGUCUGCAAUGCCAACACUUUCCAAUGGGAAUUCUGAGACCAGAAGACCCAAAAUAACAUUUGAUGAUGUGCUUCACAAUGCGGAUUAUUACAUGCAGGAGGCUAAGAAGCUAAAGCAUAAAGCAGAUGCAUUGCUGGAGAAGUUCGGCAAAGCAGUGAAUUAUGCUGAUGCUGCCCUCUCCUUCAUCGAGUGUGGGAAUGCUAUGGAGCGAGAUCCAUUAGAAGCUAAAUCUCCAUACACCAUGUACUCAGAGACUGUGGAACUCAUCAGGUAUGCAAUGAGACUCAAGAAUUUCACAGGCUCUUCUGCCACGGAAGGGGACAAGAAAUUAGCAGUUUUAUGCUACCGAUGCUUAUCACUUCUCUACUUGAGAAUGUUUAAACUAAAGAAGGACCAUGCUAUGAAGUACUCCAGAUCUCUGAUGGAAUAUUUUAAGAACUCUUCAAAAGCCUCUCAGGCCCCCUCACCUUGGGGCGGCAAUGGAAAGAGCACAGAAACGCCAUCGCCCAUGUCCCUGAGCCCAUCCCCAGUCAGCUCUGCUGGAAGCAGUGCGGGCACUGCCGGCUCCUCCUCGGCAGGGACCAUCACCAUCCCUCAGCGUAUCCACCACAUGGCUGCCAGCCACGUCAACAUCACCAACAACGUCCUGCGAAGCUAUGAGCACUGGGACAUGGCUGACAAGCUGACUAAGGAGAACAAAGAAUUCUUUGUAGACCUGGACUCAGUGAUGGGACCCUUAACACAACACAGCAGUAUGACCAAUCUGGUUCGUUAUGUUCGCCAAGGACUCCACUGGCUCCGCAUUGAGGCUCGUUUGUUGUAGUGACUGCUGCCCUGUUCAUGACAUCCCCAUUCUUCUACCUCUACCAGCGCAGAGACGAUCACUGGUGGAACUCCACUCAUUUUUGGAAGUUUAUUCAUGUAACUUCAUUUUUAUUGCCUUUUUUAAUAUCCUAUCUGUUGGAAGUAGAAGUCACCAUAAAUUGAACUUAUGACUCAAGAGCAGUAUGUGUUGUACCAUCAAAUAAUUUUCAACAAUUUUCUAUGCCUUGUGUCUCCUGGAUCCUGCCAUCCUUAUGUGCUUUAUGGAACGGUACAUUCCCUGCAGUAUUGUUUUAAGUCCAUGCUGCCUUCAAGUGAAAACAAAAAAGCACUUUGAGAAGAUAUGGAUUCCUGAGAAAUAGUACAAAGCGUCUUAAAUAUUUGAGGGUAUAUAUGAGAAAUCCCUUCUGAAAUAAAUUAGUAGAAGUUAUAGCUAUUCAUAUGAUUUAAAAUCAUCUUCUGAACCUGAACCUAGCUUUUUGAUGCUAAAUUCUGGCAUCAUUACCUGACAUAGUACAUUCCUAAGGUUUCAUGUUUCCUAUAGGCUUAAUCUCUAAAAGAGAACAUUGAAUAUCUUACAGAUACAUAAUGUAAGAUCACCAAAGGUGUUAAGAGGUAAAAGUUUGAAGGAAUGCCUCAUAAAAGAAUGAUGACACACUAUGCAAUGAGGUUUUGAUAUGACAUUCUUCCUGUUUAUUGUCGGCUUAGUAAUUUCAUUAGGCAGCAGAAUUUAUUGCAGUUUUUAGGCAGUUUCCAAAUAUUAGCUUUCAUAGUCUUAUCUACCAUUCCUAUACUAAAUCUGUGAAUUUUCUUUCAGUUUUGCUGUUUAGUUUCAAUCAAAUACUCAUCCAAGAUUUUUUUUCGUAGAACAAUCUCUCCUUGCAUAGUGACUCGGUGAAAGCAGAUUUUAACAGGACUGCUACACUCUAAGCAUUGAUAUUGUAUGUGAAAGUCCAUUAAUAAGUGUAUGCAGAUUCUUCAUGAAACUCUAGAAGUUUAACUAACCAGCUACUGUUCAAACAUUAUAAUUCCGUGUGGCAUCAAUUUUCACCUGUUUUGUUCAUUUUAGAACAUUAGAAACGAACAGUAUUAUCUUGCUAUCUUGAAAACAAUGUCAAAUUAAAUAAAAUCACCAGAUUUACCCAAAAGCAAUAUAACAUUUGUUUAAUAAUGGCCAUGAAUACUUCAGUCAGAUUACCUAUUUUCCAAGCUCUGCAUCUGUUUACCCAUGCUGUCAUGUUUCAGACCAUUCCUCUAAUGCGUGAAUAAUAAUGAGACAAUUCAGAUAGAAUUUCAAAGCAAUUGUGAAUAAAUUACACCAUUUCACAUUUGCUCUUUCCUCUUCUUUUUUUUCCCCUGUUAUAAACUGCACUGCUCUUCUGGUGCCACUGCAAGAAGCGCUGGUGCAUGAAACAAAACAAAAUGAAUUUAUAUCAAUAAUUUGCAAGACUUUAAAUGGUCUCAUCUCAUUCUUGAUACAACACCUGCAUACCUUACUGAACUGUAAAAUCCAUUUCCAUAAAUAGAAAAUGCUCAUAGCAAUGUAAAUAUUAUUCUGUCUCAUCUCAUUGAAAUAAUACAAUAUGUGUAUUAAAUGCCAUCCAGAUAUUAGUUAAUUGCAAUUACCUUCUGCUAUAUAAACCUGUAUAUCCUUUAAUCUGGUGAGUUAUUGGAUUCUACUCACUGGGUUGUAACCAGAUAAAUAGGAAAAAUUUGCAUUUAAGAGGUUCAGACUGUUAUGAUUUUUAAAGCAGGCCCUGGAUAUUUGCAAUAAGAGCAGUUUGAGGACUCUGCCCAAUGCAUAUUUAAGACAAACUUUACUGUAGCUGUUGUAUAUUAGCUCCCUGUAGUACUACCUUUUCUUAAAAAUCAAAAAUUCCUAAUGUUUUGUUCCAGAAGACUGUAUUGUAAAUGUAGCCAAGGUGCAUCAUUAGAGAAAUCAUCAAGUUUAGGGUUGUCUGCAAAAGACAUUUGCAGAACAAGCGCAUCCUGUAUUAUCUGCACAUUCCUGUUCCUGAACUGGUCGAUACACCCUUAUCUGUUCUCUUAGGGUUUCAGUAAGACGGCUGAAACAUGAAUCUGACAGCAUUUGUCACAGUGAUUAUGACCCCAGUAGCCAAUGAAUAAAACCACAACAGUGAGAACCAUUCAGAAAUGUAGAUGAAAGGUGGCUGUUGGGUUUUUUUAAAGAAAAAGAAAACAAAACACUUGAAGUACUUUAUUUAACUUUUUUAACAGGGUGAGUACUUGAGAUGAAGUAAUGUUGGGGUGGUUUUGUCAUAAGCCACUGUUUUCCAUCCUUUUUGCAAGAUCACACUAAUGCGAUUCAGUAACUAUUUAGUCUAAUUAAAUGCAUUGUUGUCACUUUUUCCUUUAAUGUAGACUGAAGCCCUACACUUCCAUGCAUUUAUGAAAGAUAGAUAUGUCUUGAAAUAGAAUCUUCAGAUACAAGACUGUUCAAAGAAGCAGCUGCAGUCCCUCGGAAGACAACGUAUAACCUUCCCCCUGGGGCUUGCAGUAAACAGACUCCUAUCUCUACAUUUACCCCAUGUUCACAAUCUUUUGCUUAAACAGCUUAAGGAAUUAGCCCACCUUAUUUUGUAUCCUGUGACUUAGUUUGAAAUGUAUGCUGAAUCAAUGGCAUGAUUAUAAUAAGUCCAGCAGUCAAGUCUAGGAUCACAAGCCAACUUACUAUUUAGCAGUCUUGUUUUAAAAGCGGCUUAGAAACAAAUUAAAUAUGGAGAGUGAAUUACCAUCUUA